AUGGUUCUACCUCUUAAGGACGACUGCGAUGAGUGUGUCCCGGAGUAUACGCUUCAUCGAAACGCGAUGGAAGUCGCUAUAUCAGCACUUCCAUUCCUCCUCACCUUCCUGAUUGUCGCCAUUGCAACGUCGCAGAAACUAUUUCCCAUCUUAUCAGGCCAUGCGGUUCGCAAGGCGCAUCACGAUGGCACAAAUCAACCUGGCUAUGCCACACGCGAGAGCCCUUCGGUUUUCAAGACACUACGGCCCACGGCGCGCUCCCUCGCAAGCAUCAUCUUUUCUACCAACUUUGCCCUAUCCGCCGUCCUAGUCGAGCUCAUCCUCUGCGAGAUAUCGAACACCGUGAACCGUGCGACGCGAAUAUUGGCUCUCAAGGUCACCCUUCCGUCGCUGCUGUUCCUCCUCGUCGUCGCAACGCCUGCCCUAGAGAUACAUUCGGUGAUAUCAGGAACCGGACUUAAUGUUGGUGGGGUGCCAAAAGGACGGCAGAGAGUAGCCUGGGCAUUGGAGUUUUGCGGGAUGGCGGUAUGGCUUGCAGGUUUCUGGUACCUUGGGAGAGGGAUGUUGGGCUCAUACCUGCAUGAGGAGUCGUAUCUGCACGAUCAUACUUUCAGCGAAGGGUGCCUAGAGAGGAUAGGCAUAAUUGGAAUCAGCCUGAUGGCGUCGUUAGCUGGCUUUGCGGCUAUCUCUUCGCUGUGGCAGACGUUUGGUGUCAAACAUCGCUUGGUUACGGAGUCUGACAUUGGGCGGAAGCAAGCUGGUAUACAAGCGACCAACGACAUGCUCUUGGCCAAAAACAGUCGCCUCCGCGCUGUCGAGCGUAAGCUUUUGGAUCAUCCGCAGCCAGGUUUCAUGGGCCGCGUAGUGGGCACAAUACGGGGCAACCCCGAUGUUCAAGAGCGAAACACGCUACAGCUUGAGAUCCAAGGUCUCGAGACGAUGCGUCAUACUCUCCAAAACUCCCUGACGGUCUUACAGAGCCGGCGACAGUCACAGCAACGCUCACACACUGCACACGGACGCCUGUUCAACAUGGUCUCGUAUGGCUUUGCGCUCUAUUGCGCCUACCGUAUCGCGGCUACGACGUUCACAACGCUCCGUCGUUUCUCCUCGCCAACCACCAGCUUUUCGAGUAGUGACCCGAUCAACAACUUCCUGGCCCUCCUAGCGAAACACUGGGACCCCACAAUCGACCGUGUAGCCUGGAGUCGUACGAUCUCGUUUCUUUUAUCUGGCGUCAUGCUCCUUCUCUCCUUCAACAGCGUCCUACAGACCUUCUACCUCUUCGCUCGCGUCGUUCCCGGUGUCUUAUACCACGCCCAAACCAAUUUCGCGUUGAUCAUCUCGCAGAUCGCGGCAACGUAUGUGAUUAGUUCGGCGUUGCUACUUAGGAGUAACCUACCGCCUGAGAUGAAGAGCAAGAUUGGCGAUGCCCUGGGGGCUCCAUUAGAACCAGGUUUCACAGAAAGGUGGUUUGAGGGCUGGUUUCUUACGGCUAGUGCAGCGACGAUGAUGGGGCUGUGGGUAGGAAAGAAACUGAAGGGAGGUGAGUGGGAUGACGAUGAAGAUGGGGAUGGUGAUAUUGAGAUGGGGAAGAGGAGUUGA